AUUUCUUGUUCUUUUUCUAAAAUAACUGAAUUGGGUGAUUAAAAAUGGCUCGUAGAUGGAAGCUACCAAAAACUAGGAAUGAUAGGAUAGCCUUGACUGUAUUUUGUGUUGGAGGUUUAUUUUUGUUAUGGUAUGAAUUAAUUCAUAUCAUGCCAUUUUAUGUACGACAGAGUGGUUGGAAUAGCUGGGUUUACAUUCACAUUAUAACAUCACUGUAUUUAGCUCAUAAUAUUUAUGGUAAUAUGUAUAUGUUAGCUACAACAGACACUACAGGCAGUGGAAUGGUGUGGCCUACCCAAGGAACAUCAACUGAGAAUGGAUGGAGAUAUUGUGAUGUAUGUCAUUGUAACUAUCCACCUAGAUCUCAUCAUUGUAAAAUCUGUGAUCAGUGUGUGUUAAAACGAGAUCAUCAUUGUUGGUUUGCUGGAUAUUGUAUUGGUUAUCAUAACCAUCGUUAUUAUUUAGCUUUAGUAUUUCAUAUGGUUUUAGCUGCGAUAUAUUGUAAUGUUUAUAAUUUCCAGUUUGUAUCCCAGAUCAAAGGUGGUUUUGGUUUCUGGACAAUAUUAUCAUUUGUUGGUCCUCAUGUAGGUUUAAUGCUGGGUUACUAUGAUUUAUAUACAUUUUUUAUUACAACACUAACCUCAACUGGAUCACUAUUAUUAUUUUUAUUUUCCUGGAUGUUAGUUAUACAAAUGCAACAAUUAAAAUAUGGACAAACUAAACAUGAGCAUAAAAGAGGUAUUAAAAUUUAUAACUUAGGUUUUUUCAAUAACCUGAAGGAAAUAGUAGGGGACAAUUGGCAUCUUGUUUUAUUGUCUCCAUUUUUUCCUUCCAAACUUUCAGGAGACGGUUUAAAGUUUUCAAAAGUUUUUCCUAAAUCUGAAUAAAUUAAUAAGGUGAAAUUCAUUUAGAUACUCUAUCAAAACCAUUAUCAAUCUAAAAAUAUGUCCUCAAGAGACCACCAAAAGUUGUUGAGACAGAGAUCUUCAAAGAUAAAUAUAAAAGAGCAACCUACUUAUUGGCAUUGAUGGAGAAGUUGUUAUUUCAGAUGUUCUUUUAUCAAGUAUAACAUAAAUAUGUUUUGUUGGUGCUCUUAGUUAUAGUAUAAAUGGUUUAUUAUUUAUUUUCAGUUAUAAGUUAUUGAUGUACAUUAAAUGACACUUAUUAUACUGCCUUUUUUCUAUAAUAAAAAAUGAAAAACUAAUUUAUUGUAUGAACAAGAAUUUGUUGAUUUUGUUUUAUGAUUGCAUGUGAAUUGGUUAAAACUUUUUUUUUAUAUCAAUCUAUUUAUUCUGCAUGAUUUUUUAUAAGAUUUGUCUUUAUAAUGUUUUAUGAUUCUUUCUUAAAUAAUGAAAAUAUAAAA